AUGGCUGUCAUAAAAAGGGGAGCACGCAGAAAGGACGUUAAGGAGCCUAAGAAAAGAUCUGCAAAAAUCAAAAAGGCUACGUUUGAUGCAAAUAAAAAAAAAGAAGUAGGUGUUUCUGAUUUGACACUGUUGUCAAAAAUAUCUGAUGAAUCUAUUAAUGAAAAUUUGAAAAAAAGGUUUAAGAAUGGGAUUAUUUACACCUAUAUUGGCCAUGUGUUAAUUAGUGUAAAUCCAUUCCGCGAUUUGGGAAUAUAUACAAAUGCUGUUUUGGGGUCAUAUAAAGGAAAGAAUAGACUUGAAGUUCCACCACAUGUGUUUGCUAUCGCAGAAUCUAUGUAUUACAAUCUUAAAUCUUACAAUGAAAACCAGUGUGUUAUUAUUUCUGGUGAGUCCGGUGCUGGUAAGACGGAAGCAGCCAAACGUAUUAUGCAAUAUAUUGCAGCUGCAUCUAAUAGCCAUUCUGAAUCGAUCGGGAAGAUUAAAGAUAUGGUUCUCGCUACUAAUCCGCUUCUUGAAUCAUUUGGCUGUGCUAAAACUCUGCGGAACAAUAACUCUUCGAGGCACGGCAAAUAUCUAGAAAUUAAAUUCAACUCUCAAUUUGAACCUUGCGCAGGUAAUAUCACAAAUUACUUGCUAGAGAAACAAAGAGUUGUUAGUCAAAUUAAAAACGAAAGAAACUUUCAUAUUUUUUACCAAUUCACUAAAGGUGCCUCAGAUACGUACAGACAGAUGCUCGGUGUACAAAUGCCUGAACAAUAUAUAUACACUGCUGCAGCUGGUUGUACUACUGCGGACACAAUCGAUGACAUAAAAGAUUUUCAAGGAACGUUAGAGGCUAUGAGAACGAUUGGUUUGGCCCAAGAAGAACAAGACCAAAUUUUCAGAAUGCUGGCGGCAAUCCUGUGGAUUGGUAACAUUUCCUUCAUAGAAAAUGAAGAGGGAAAUGCUCAGAUAAGAGAUACUUCAGUGACUGAUUUUGUUGCUUAUUUAUUGCAGGUUGAUGCUUCGUUACUGAUGAAGUGUUUAGUGGAAAGAAUCAUGCAGACCAGUCACGGAAUGAAGAGGGGCUCAGUUUAUCAUGUACCUUUGAAUCCAGUCCAAGCGACAGCAGUGAGAGAUGCUCUUGCCAAAGCAAUAUAUAAUAAUUUAUUCGACUGGAUUGUUGAUAGGGUUAACGUAUCCUUACAGGCUUUCCCUGGUGCUGAUAAAUCAAUUGGGAUUUUAGACAUUUACGGCUUUGAAAUUUUUGAACAUAACUCUUUUGAGCAAAUAUGUAUCAAUUAUGUUAAUGAAAAGCUUCAACAAAUUUUUAUUCAAUUGACUCUGAAAGCUGAACAAGAGACUUAUGAAAGAGAAAAAAUCAAAUGGACCCCCAUCAAGUACUUUGACAAUAAGGUUGUAUGUGAUUUAAUCGAAGCGAAAAGGCCACCGGGUAUUUUUGCUGCAAUGAAUGAUUCUAUUGCAACUGCUCAUGCAGAUUCUAAUGCCGCUGAUCAGGCGUUUGCUCAACGACUUAACUUAUUUAAUUCAAAUCCAUACUUUGAGUUAAGAGCUAACAAAUUUGUUAUUAAACAUUACGCCGGAGAUGUCACCUAUGACAUCAAUGGUAUAACCGAUAAAAAUAAGGACCAACUCCAAAAGGACCUAAUUGAAUUAAUCGGCACAACUACAAAUACAUUUCUUUCCACAAUUUUUCCCGAUGAUGUUGAUAAAGAUUCAAAGAGACGGCCUCCAACUGCAGGUGAUAAAAUAAUUAAAAGUGCAAAUGAACUAGUGGAAACUCUGUCAAAAGCUGAGCCUUCCUAUAUUAGAACAAUCAAGCCUAAUCAAACUAAAUCACCAGAUGACUAUGAUGAUCACCAAGUGCUACAUCAAGUAAAAUAUUUGGGUUUGCAAGAAAAUGUCCGCAUCAGAAGGGCUGGUUUUGCUUACAGACAAUCUUUUGAAAAAUUUGUCGAAAGAUUUUAUUUAUUGUCUCCUGAUUGUUCAUAUGCUGGUGAUUACACCUGGGAAGGGGAUACUCUUGAGGCGGUCAAACUUAUCUUAAGAGAUGCCAUGAUACCGGAAAAGGAAUUUCAACUUGGAGUAACGAGUGUAUUCAUUAAAACUCCGGAAUCUCUGUUUGCUCUGGAAGAUAUGCGUGAUAAAUACUGGUACAAUAUGGCUGCUAGAAUCCAGAGAGCAUGGAGAAGGUUUCUUCAAAGACGUAUUGACGCUGCGAUAAAAAUUCAGCGUAUUAUUAGAGAGAAAAAGGGUGGAAACAAGUACGUAAAGCUUCGUGAUUACGGCGCCAAACUUUUGGGGGGUAAAAAAGAGAGAAGAUCUAUGUCUUUACUUGGAUACAGGGCCUUUAUGGGCGAUUACCUAUCCUGCAAUGAGUCUAAAACAAAAGGAUCAUACAUUAGAAGACAGGUAGGAAUCAAGGAUAAAGUUGUUUUUUCAAUAAAGGGGGAAUGUUUGCACUCAAAAUUUGGCAGAUCAGCUCAAAGAUUGAAAAAAGUGUUCAUCUUAACGAAGAAGACAUUUUAUAUUAUUGGACAAACACGGGAACAAAACGCUAUGAAAUAUACACAGGAUUAUAAAAUUGAUCUGGGUAAAAUUAAACAAGUGUGCUUAACAAACCUCCAAGAUGAUUGGAUGGGCGUUAUCCUUCUCAAUAGUGCGCAACCUGAUCCACUCAUUAAUACACCUUUCAAGACGGAAUUAGUGACACGUAUGAAAAAGUUAAAUGAUAAGAUAAUAAUAAAGAUCGGCCCCACAAUUGAAUAUCACAAACAACCAAACAAGUUGCACGCUGUUCGCUCAAAAAUUAGCGAUUCAGCACCGAAAUAUGGUGAUAUAUACAAGUCGAGCACAAUAUAUGUGCGUCGUGGGCACCCUGCUAACUCUAAAUCGAACAAAAAACCUAAGAAUCCUGGUGGAUUGAGCGGCAAACCUAUCAAAAGUAAGAAAAGUAAACACAAGUCUACUCACAAACAUACGCACAGCCAUAGAACUCACAGGGUUACUGCAAAAAAACAACCGCUCCCUUCACAAAAACCUACCAAUCAGUUAUCUUUAGCAGCUACAGCUGCACAGGCAGCAUACAAUCCUAAGCCAGAUAAGACUGUACCAAGAAAAGCAUCUGCAAACCCUGGUACAAAACCAAGCUCAAAAUACAACUCAAAAUCCUUAUCCAAGGAAAACACCAUAUUGAAAAAGGCCUCCUCAAGCCAUAAAUCCUCAUCUGCUAAAGAAAACCAGGUAUCAAUGCCACCUUCAAAAAGGGUUAAUGAAAAUAAGGAGCCAUUGAAGGCAACAACCGCAGACAUACCAACUCCACCACCUCCUCCUCCCAUGGGCCAACCUGAAGAUCCAAAAUUCGAAGCUGCAUACGACUUCCCAGGUUCUGGAUCAUCUUCGGAGCUACCAUUAAAAAAGGGCGACAUUGUAUUUAUAAGCAGAGAUGAACCUAGUGGUUGGUCUUUAGCGAAACUUCUCGAUGGAAGCAAAGAAGGUUGGGUUCCCACUGCUUACAUGACUCCUUAUAAAGAGACAAGACGCACGGUAUCUAUAACAGCAACGGCGGCUGUGGAUAACGCCACAAAUCAAAAAGCGAGCCAGAUCAACAAUACCAUUUCAAGCGCACAAGAAAAUGUGCAAUUAGAAAGCACAACAGCUGAAUCUACUAGUAAUAACCAAACUAAGCUCAUGGGGUCAUUCAGUGAUGGUUUAGCUUCUGCAUUAGCAGCAAGGGCAAACAAAAUGCGGGCCGAAAGUGCUGAGGAUGAUGAUGACAAUGGCGAUGGUGACGACGAUGAUGACUGGUAA